ACAUUAACCUUCUCCCCAAGCCAAACCAUCACGUCCCCCACAAACAUCUGCUCCUCCGCGCGCGCGCCAGCAAGACAAUCCCUCUUCUUCUUCUAACGCCAUGGCCACCACCGCGUCUCUGUCGGCCGUCGCGGCGCCCCUGGCCGUGCCCCGCGGGCUGAGCAAGGCUUCUCUCGGGUCAGCGACGUUCCGGCCUCUGCAGGCGAGGCCUGGGGCCGCGAGGAGGAUGUCGGCGGUCGUGAGGGCGUCGUCGUCGUCGGGGGCGACGGCGCAGGAGAAGCUGACGGCGGGGCUGGCGGCGGCGGCGGUGGCGGCGGCGCUGGUGCUUCCCGAGGUGGCGGAGGCGGCGAGCCCGGGGCUGUCGCCGUCGCUCAAGAACUUCCUGCUCAGCAUCGUCUCUGGCGGGGUCGUCUUCGCGGGCAUCCUUGGCGCCGUCGUCGCCGUCUCCAACUUCGACCCCGUCAAGCGGACCUGAUCGUGCUAAAUUCCGGUCCGACGCCCCGGGGCUCGCUCGAUUUGUAAUCUCUCUUUGCUCUGCGUUCUCAUUCCGAGACGUCGACCGUGUAUGUAGAAGAGAUAUAUCCAUUGUUAUGGUAUAUUAAUGGAGUUCUGGUUAAUGGUUGUGUGUACUCUGCUCCUCUGCUGUUUAAUUUGAUUGAAAAAACAAACAAACUUGA